AUGGCGCUUCCGAAGAUAACGAGAAGAUGGGUACUCCCGUCACUUGAUGGCCCGUCAUCCUUGAAGCUUGAAUCGAUUGAACUUGUUCCUCCUGGACCUAACCAGAUUGUCGUCAAGAUACCGUUGCCGCUGCCUUACGUCCCACUCUCGGAUGGUGCUGGAGUGGUCGCUGCUGUUGGCGAGCGAGUCAAGAAUCUGCGGCCAGGAGAUAAAGUGUUUUCAGUUUUCAAGCCUGCGUGGCGUUCCGGUCGUCAGAGGCGAGAGUUUGGGGUUUCGAACCUCGCAGGCUCCGACGUACAAGGCAUCCUUUCAGAGUACGUCAUGCUUGAUGAAGAAUACUGGACCCCCGUGCCUAGGAACUUGACUUUUGUCGAAGCAAGUACACUCACUGUUGCGGGGGUCACCGCAUGGAAUGCUCUGUAUGGACUGUCUGAUCAUCAGCUCCGACCAGGCCAAUCAGUUCUAACUGAGGGCACGGGCGGCGCAAUGAAGACUGUCAAGUCAGAUGGACUUGUGACUAUUGUGGGCUUCAUCGCUGGGCUGGCGGAGCAGCAACCUUCGAUUGUUGAUAUGUUUUUCAGCAUGGCCACGUUCCGGUCUGUCCACUGCGGGAGCCUGGAGCAUUACUCACAGAUGAUUGCGGCUAUUGAGCAGCAUGAUAUUAAGCCACAUGUUGAUCGUAUUUUCGGGUUUGAAGACGUGCCUGCUGCAUAUAAAUAUAUGAGUGAGCAGAACUUUAUCGGAAAGAUCUGUAUCUCAGUAGAAUGA